UUGUGUUUUUAAUUUGAAGAGAAAGAAAAUUAGAGAUUUGAAAUGGAUGAUUAUAUAAAAGUAGAGAAGAUUGGAGAAGGAACAUAUGGAGUGGUAUACAAAGGAAAAAACAGAAGAACUGGACAAUUAGUUGCAUUAAAGAAAAUAAGAUUGGAAAGUGAAGAUGAAGGUGUUCCAUCUACAGCCAUAAGAGAAAUUUCAUUGUUGAAAGAACUGAAUCAUAGCAAUAUUGUUCGUUUACAGGAUGUACUUAUGCAAGAAAAUCGGCUGCAUUUGGUUUUUGAAUAUUUAUCAAUGGAUCUAAAAAAAUAUUUGGACAGUAUUCCUAGUGGGCAGUAUAUGGAUAAGAUGCUUGUUAAGAGUUAUCUGCAUCAGAUUUUACAAGCUAUAGUAUAUUGCCAUCAACGUCGAAUUCUUCAUCGCGAUUUGAAACCACAGAAUUUACUAAUUGACCAGAAAGGAAUGAUCAAGAUUGCAGACUUUGGUUUGGCUCGAGCAUUUGGUAUUCCUGUACGAGUAUAUACACACGAAGUUGUGACACUUUGGUAUAGAGCACCUGAAGUUCUUUUGGGAUCGCCUCGUUACUCUACUCCUGUAGAUAUAUGGAGCGUUGGAUGUAUUUUUUCUGAAAUGGCUAAUAAGAGGCCACUUUUUCAUGGUGAUUCUGAAAUUGAUCAGCUUUUCCGGAUAUUUAGAACUUUAAGUACUCCAACUGAAGAUAUAUGGCCUGGAGUUUCUCACAUGCCUGAUUAUAAGCCUAUUUUUCCCAGGUGGAAACAAAAUAUACUUACGACAAAUGUACCUCAACUAGAUACUAGUGGAGUUGAUUUACUUCAGAAAAUGCUUGUUUACAAUCCAGCAGAACGUAUCUCAGCUCAAGCUGCUUUAACACACAGUUACUUUGAUGAUUUAGAAUCCUUCAAGUGUGAAGCAUUGUAACAUUUGAAACAAAAGUUAUAUGUAAUUUGUGCAUAGUAUUUUGCUUUGGUUUUUUUUUUAUUAUAUACAUAUCAUUUAAUUUUUCAAUUAUGUUUAUUUUAUUUGAAAUAAAAGUAAUUUUUAAUUCUACAAAGCACAAUUUUGUACAUAAUUUCUUUUGGAAAAAACAUACAAUAAAUAUUUAAGUAGUAAUUUACCAAUCAAAUUCGGAAAAAUAUCUAUUUUUAUCAUGUCACUUUACAAAGUUUUUUUUACUAAAUAGUUAAGAAUGAGCAAAUAAAAACUAAUAC